AUGGCAAAAAAGAAGGAAAUGGAGUAUGAAAAGAAUGUAGAGAAGGUACAGAUGCGGAUAGAGCUGAAGGCCAUCGAGGAGGAAAAGGUUGAUCUUGAGAAGGAGAGGUUGUGGCUCAUGGCUGAUGUGGAUCCAUCACAAAAGCACAGGCCUCACAUUUCUCCAGCCGCAUCGCCGUCGCCGGCCGGCAGCCGCUGCAACCUUCUUUCUACGAUGCCUAGGAAGCCCAAGCGGAAGGCUCCGGCCUCACCGGCGAGGCACGACACUUCGCCGGAGCCCUACCCUUCCCACGCCUCCCCCUCCUCGGCACAAUGCCUGGCAGUCCGCGACGCCCUCCUCGCGUUCCACGGGUUCCCCGAGGAGUUCGCGCCCUUCCGCCUCCUCCGCCUCGGUGGCCGCUCGCCUAACCGUGACCCUCGGCCUCAGCCUUUGCCUCCCACAGUGCUUGACGGCCUCAUCAUCACCCUCCUCUCUCAGAACACUACCGAUGCCAUCUCGCGCCGCGCCUUCGCCUCCCUCAAGGCCGCUUUCCCCUCCUGGGACCAGGUGGUGGAUGAGGAGGGGAAGAGGCUGGAGGACGCCAUCCGGUGCGGCGGCCUGGCGGCGACGAAGGCGGCCAGGAUACGGGCCAUGCUGAGGGACGUGAGGGAGCGGAGGGGCAAGAUUUGCCUCGAGUACCUGCGGGAGCUGUCGGUGGAUGAGGUGAAGAAGGAGCUCUCGCGGUUCAAAGGGAUUGGACCAAAGACCGUUGUUGGAGUUCUGCAACUGUCGAUGCAUGGCAUGGAUGGACCAUGGUGA